AUGUUACAAGCACGUCAGUUAGGGAAGGAAUUGUACGUUGGUGUUCAUUCCGACGAAGAAAUCUUGGCCAACAAGGGACCCACAGUUAUGCGAUUGGAUGAAAGAAUCACAGCAGUUGAAGCCUGUAAAUGGACUACCAAGGCGAUUCCUAAUGCUCCAUAUGUGACAGAUCCGGAUUACAUGGACAAGUAUGAGUGUCCAUAUGUUGUUCAUGGAGACGAUAUUACCACCGAUGCCAAUGGAGAAGACUGUUAUCAAGUGGUUAAAGACUUGGGAAGAUUUGUGGUUGUUAAACGUACUCCUAAUAUUUCCACCACAGACUUGGUAGGAAGAAUGUUGUUGAUGUCCAAAGACCAUCAUUACCCAGCCAUCACCAAGAGCACCGACAAGUUAUUGAAUGAAGAUAAUUUGGAUAGAUUUAAGCGUUAUGCCACAGACAGUACGGGAUUAAAACCAGGAUCGGUUGUUUACUUGAACCGUGAUUCCUUAGAAGAGAUUGUUUCCGCUGAUUCCACCCAUAGCAAUGUUGUUUAUAUCGAUGGAGGAUUUGAUUUAUUCCACCCAGGACAUAUUGAAGUGUUAAAGAUUGCCCAUGAAGAGGCCACUAAAUUAAACGCCAAGGUCAUUGUUGGUCUUCAUGAUGAUGCAGUUGUUAACGAAUAUAAAGGAUUGAACUACCCGAUUAUGAACCUUUUGGAAAGAGCUUUGUGUGUGUUACAAUGCCGAUACGUAGACGGUAUAAUAUUGGGUGCCCCAUAUAAACCAACACCUGAAUUUUUAAAGAAAUUGGGUGCUACAAACAUUGUUAAAGUUUACCAUGGACCUACAGAAAUCGACGAAGGUGUUUACGAUGAAAUUGAUCCAAAUAUUUAUGGCCAGAUCGGAAAACACAAAUAUGACCAAAUGAAUACCGAAUACAUUGUUAAUAGAGUGUUGGCAAAUAAGCAAGCCUAUGAAGAAAGGCAAAAAAGAAAAGGUUGGAAAGCAGAGAUUGAAAAGAAAUUAGAAGCUGAGGAAAAGAAACAAUAA